UGGGCCGAAAUUAAGGUCCACUAGCAGCCGGCCAUUAGGUGGAGGGACGCCGUACUGGUAGGAAAUCCCCUACCCCUUAUUUCAUUCUUCUUCUUGCUGUUCUGCUUCUGGUCUCACCGCGCACACCACGCAAACGACAACCCACCCGCCACCCGUCGUCGGCCACCCGUUGGUUGUGGGCGCAGAAGAUCCAAUAAGUCUGAGAGAGUGUUUCCUCUUUUCCUCGUAGUCGAUCUUCUUCAAUUCUUUUGGAUUUGGUAAUGAAAGGCCUGCGGAUAUAGCAGCAAAGUAGCAGAAAGUUGAAGAAUACCCAUUUGUUAUUCUAUCCACAGAGGGCUUUGAGAUUUUUGGUUGGUAUCUGUUUGAUUGGUCUAGCAGAAGAAGCAAUAAAGCAUUUGUUGCUCAAGUUCAGGAUCAGAAAGUUACAAAUACCAAAAAAAAAAAAAAAAAAAAAAAAAAAAAAAACUUCAAACAGAUAAGAAGCAAGCAUGAAGCUGGAUGUGGAAGUCCUCAGAACCCUUUCCAAAGAUGACUUUAGGGUUCUCACCGCCGUUGAGAUGGGAAUGAGGAAUCAUGAAAUUGUGCCCUCAGAACUUGUCCACCGCAUAGCUUCUCUCAAGCAUGGAGGCACUUACAAAGUGUUGAAGAAUUUGCUGAAGCAUAAGCUGUUGCAUCAUGACUCUUCCAAAUAUGAUGGGUUUCGUCUCACCUACCUUGGUUAUGAUUUUCUUGCCAUUAAGACUAUGGUCAAUCGUGGGGUCUUUGUGGCUGUUGGUUGUCAAAUUGGCGUUGGAAAAGAGUCUGAUAUUUUUGAGGUCGCCAGGGAGGAUGGUACAGUGCUGGCCAUGAAAUUACAUAGGCUUGGUAGAGUUUCAUUUAGAGCCGUCAAAUCUAAGCGUGACUACUUGAGACAUCGUAGCAGUUAUAAUUGGCUCUAUUUGUCCCGGCUUGCUGCCCUGAAAGAAUUUGCUUUUAUGAAGGCUCUGGAAGAACAUGGCUUUCCUGUUCCAAAUGCUGUGGAUUGCAAUAGGCAUUGCGUGAUUAUGUCGCUUGUCCAAGGUUACCCAUUGGUGCAGGUGAAGCAAUUGGAAAAUCCAGAGACGGUUUUUGAAACGAUCAUUGGCCUUGUUGUUCGACUGGCGGAACAUGGUCUUAUCCACUGUGACUUCAAUGAAUUCAACAUUAUGAUUGAUGAUGAUGAGAAAAUCACCAUGAUUGAUUUUCCACAAAUGGUUUCUGUAUCUCAUCAGAAUGCACAAAUGUACUUUGAUCGUGAUGUUGAAUGCAUCUUCAAGUUUUUUCGCAAGAGGUUUAAUUUGACUUUUGAAUACACAGUUGAUACUGAUUGCACAGAGGUAGACACAGAUGAUAGUGGUAGGCCUUGUUUUUCUUUAAUAAAUAAAGAUGCUGGUUUUCUAGACAAAGAACUUGCUGCUAGUGGGUUUACCAGAAAGGACCAGGAAGACAUUGAGAAGUUCAUUGAAGGAGAUAUUGAGAAGAAUAUCAGUAAUGGUGAUGAUGAUGGAAGUGAAGAUGAUGUGCACAUCUCUGACUUAAAUGAAGAAAAUAACAAAGGCAUUGAGUCUUUGCACUUGCAAGAUCAGGUAGAGUCAACACUAGAUGGUGACCGUCCUGUUGAAGUGAAGGAAAGCAAACAAAAAAGUGAAGCUGGUCAAGGCAGUGGACCUGAAUCUCAAGAUGCUAGUGAUAAGGAGGAAGAUGAUCGGGCUAUAGAUGACAACGAUGAUGCAGAACUGACAAAACGCUUAAACAAGCAGAGAAAACAUGCCAUCUCUGCAGUCCGUGGAGAACGGAGGGCUCUCCCCUCCAGAAAUUCCUACAAAUACAAGGGGGGUAGGUCCUCUAACAAUUCCAAAAUCCAGAAACAAUUAUGUAACUGGUGAAAGUUUUGAGGAAAAAUCUAGUAAUCAAAAAAUUUUGUUUGAGAUAUUAAAGCACGUUAGCUAUGGCAAUGAUAAACAAAAUCAAAGAAAUUUUUUUGUCAUAA